UUGACAAUAUGUCAGUUCCUGAGUGAAUUUACGGGUGUGCAGAAGUCAGUAUUGUAAAUUGAACGCAAAUAAUAUAUCGUAUUUAAAUCUCACAUCAUAAUAAUCUUAUAUACAAAAUAAAAAAAACUGAUCUUGUGUAUAAUCACCACUUUACAAAAAUUAUAUAAUGGGUGAAAAUAAUGAAAAGAAGAUAAUACGUGUUUGGUGUGAUGGGUGCUAUGACAUGGUUCAUUUUGGCCAUGCUAAUUCUCUCCGCCAAGCUAAAGCUUUAGGUGAUGUCUUGAUUGUGGGUGUUCACACUGAUGAAGAAAUAUCAAAACAUAAAGGUCCACCAGUGUUUACACAGGAAGAACGGUACAAAAUGGUUCGGGCAAUUAAAUGGGUUGAUCAAGUGGUGGAGGGUGCACCCUAUGUCACAACACUAGAGACCUUAGAUAAAUACCAAUGUGACUUUUGUGUCCAUGGAGAUGAUAUUACAGUUACAGCUGAAGGCAUAGAUACAUAUCACUUAGUCAAAACUGCUGGUAAAUAUAGGGAAGUAUCAAGAACAGCUGGUGUUUCUACAACAGACCUUGUUGGGCGAAUGUUAUUACUUACAAGAGAACAUUUCAAGAGAGGUGACAAAGAGUACACGGUCGCACUAGAUCAUUCCUCGAAUCUCGGCACAGACAGCACAGCAAGGUCACCGUAUACAGGCUGUUCACAAUUCUUACCGACUACACAAAAAAUUAUACAAUUUAGCAGCGGGUUGUCACCUAAGCCAACUGACAAGGUGGUAUACGUAGCAGGUGCUUUCGAUCUAUUCCACGUGGGUCAUUUAGAUUUCUUAGAGGCGGCGCACGCGCAUGGUGACUUCCUGAUCGUCGGCCUUCACAUUGACCUUGAGGUGAACCGCUACAAAGGAUCCAAUUAUCCCAUUAUGAAUCUCCACGAACGUGUCUUGUCUGUACUCGCUUGUAAGUAUGUCCAUGAGGUGGUAAUAGGCGCACCAUACAGCGUGACAGCGGAGCUCAUGGAACACUUCAACGUGGAUGUUGUAUGUCACGGCGCUACGCCUAUCGCAUUGGACGCGGACGGCUCAGAUCCUUAUACAGUCCCUAAACAACGGGGGUGUUUCAAGAUUUUGAACUCUGGCAACACAAUGACCACAGAAGAUAUAGUGCAAAGAAUAAUUCGUCAUCGGCUUGAAUUUGAAGAAAGGAACACAAAAAAAGAGAAAAAAGAAAUGGCUGUACUAAAAUCAGCAGCAAAGAAACAGCUAAAUGGCGACUGUAAGACAGCUAAAACAGUUGUGUAAAUUCAGUAAUAUGCAUAAAUAAAUGUUGAAUUUCAAUAGAAAUGUUAUAAAAAGAAUUCUUAGAUGUUGGUUACAAUACUUAUCAUAGCAAGAUUUAAUAAUACUUUGAAUUAUCAUUUUGAACUGGCGUCUUUAUUAUCUACGUUUAGGCUCAUUUUACAAUUCACAUAGGCUGUUCAUGUUGCUUUCAAGCGCUAUCGACAUACCUUAAUGUCAAUGUUACGCCAAACUUGACAUCUGACAGAUGUUUACUCGAAUAAAUAUUUUAAGUAAAAUUUUAGUUAAAACAUAAACAAUCAUUCCAUAUUUUUUAUUUGUCUCUGACAUGCAUUUAAUAGAUAUUUAUUUUUUGUUUUUUUUUUGCAGCUCUCUUUAACUCAUUUAUUUGAUCAAUUUUCAAUGUCAU